AUUGUUGGGGUGGAACGACUGAAAUUUAUCCUGGAAUUCUUCUUUUUCCUUGUCUCAUUCAUCUUCUUUUUUACAUACUAUUUGAAUCUCCUAUUUUUUGUGAUGCACUUCUCCUUUUGCCCUACGCUUUGGAUUGGUGGAUUAUAAUCGGAGUGUGAGUGGCAAAUGCAGGUGUUCCAACUCUUGAAUGUGAGGCAAAUAGUGUUGGAGUUUGGUAUAUAUCUUCCUCUACUGUAUACCUAAAAAUCAAAAGCUGUCAUCGUACAGCUCCUAUAGGAGGAUUUGUAGUGCCGCAUCACACUUCUGGAUUUGCCUGGUCAGGGUGGGGGAAGGGAGCAGAAGAGAAAGGAAGUUUUAAAAUGGUGGUUUUAAACAGUAGGAAUUGAAUGAAGCAGGGAUGGAGAGAGACAGGAGCUGUGAGAGGGUGGAGGGGCAGGCAGGCAGUAGGAGGGAUUAGCAAGCAACACUAGCAGUGGCGACAGCCUUGAGUGUAUGUGUGUACACAGCAGAGUGCAGGAACAAAUAGUUUUAUAAUGCUGCAACUUAUUGCAAGUUUGCUUUACUCCCAACACCCCUUCUGAACAAAGUGUGUUCAAGUCCGCAAGUCCGGUAGUCCCUGGGAAGUGGCUUAGUGAGACUGUCUGAAAAAUAUUCUUUAGACUGAGGUGGCAUGGGUGUAGCAGGGGGUGGGGGGAGCUGACCCCUUAAACCAAGUAAAGAAAUAAAAAUGCUUAACUAACUGACCAAUUGCAUUGCAGACAACUUGGUUCUGCCCCCCCCCCCAUAUAAAGCCUGGCUGUACCCAUGUGAGGUGGUGUACAUAGUUCUCUUUUUUCUGUUAUCCUCACAACCAGUCCUUUUUAUCUAGAAAAAGAAGUGCAGAUAAAGAGUAUCAUUGAGUACCCCCUGGAAAAAACAUUGCUCACAACCACCCUGUGAGGUAGAGGUUAGGUUAAGAGAAUUAACUGCCCCAAAGGUCACCCAGUGAGCUUCAUGGCUGAAUAGGUAUUUGAAAACUCUUCCAUAUCCUAGUUCAGCACUCUAACCCAAAGCUUUCCAAGCUUUUCAUGUUGGUGACACACUUUUUAGAAAUGCAUCAUUUCGUGACACAGUAAUUCUGUUUCACUAGCAAACCAGAGGUUAAACUAACCCUUUUCCAUCCCCUAGAGGAGCGUGGGGGGAGCGUUCGCGUGACACACUUACACACUGCAGCCGACACACUAAAGUGUCGCGACACACAGUUUGGAAAGCUCUGCUCUAACCAUCGCACCGCACUAGCAUCUCCUUCCACUUGCACUGGCAAGCAAGAUUUUAACAUGUUUCAAAAUUCAACUUCACGUGAAAAUUCAGCAUCACAUCUUAGAAAGAGCAUAAAGUCGUUAUGCAUUUGCUGCUAUUCCUCCCCUUUCUUUUUCCUUUUUUUAAGGGGGUGUGAGAUCUCUCAGCUACCAGUUUCCUAUAGCAUACCCUCCAACAUUUCUGCGAUGAAAAUAGGGACAUCCCAUUCCAUAAUGAUAUAGACACAUACUCCACACAUCUGACUGGGUUGCCCCAGCCACUCUGGGCAGCUUCAUAUAUAUAUAUAGAUAUACAGUGGUGCCUCGCAAGACGAAAUUAAUUCGUUUCGCGAGUUUUUUCGUCUUGCGGUUUUUUUCGUCUUGCGAAGCACGGUGUCGGAAAAGUUUUGGAAAAGCUUCAAAAAUCACCAAAGUCUUCAAAAACCUCAAAAAAGGCUACCACACCGCAUGCUAUGAGUUGCUCCUCGAAGUCAAGUCGCAACUGUAUUAGCGGUUUUAAGAAAAAGGAACAAACUUGCAAGACGUUUCCGUCUUGCGGCAAGCCCAUAGCGAAAAUCGUCUUGCGAAGCACCUAAAAAAACCAAAAACCCUUUCGUUUUGCGAGUUUUCCGUCUUGCGAGGCAUUCGUCUUGCGAGGUACCACUGUAUAGAUAUAUACACCGGGGUGUGUGUGGGUGUGUGUAUACACACACACACACACACACAUAAUAAAACAUUAAACAAAAACCACCCCUAUACAGGAUUGCCUUCAGACGGCUCGGAGGUCUCAUAACUCCAUACCCUCCAACAUUUCUCCAAUGAAAAUGCAGACAUCCUAAGCAAAAGCGGGACAUCUGGGAUCAAGUCAGAAACCGGGGCAGCUACUUUAAAUCAGGGACACCCCUGGAAAAUAGGGACACUUGGUGGCAGUUUUAUUACGUGGCUUCAAAAUUAACAAGGGAGUUGCAGCCAUUAACAAACAAAGGUCAGUCUACUUUUCCCUCCUUAAGUCUACGGAUGAGAGAUGCAGACAGCCCCUCCCAUUUCAUCCUCUUGCAAAGGGGGAGGGGACCCAGAAUGCAAUACAAAGGGAGACGCUUGGGGGGGGGACAGCUGGUUGGGGUGGGCGGGGCUGUCUCCAUUGUCAGCUGGAGCUGCUUUUAAAGGGACAGUGGGUGGGCAGUGGGUGUACAGCGAUGCGCUGAGGACUAGGAUCCUGCCCAGUGCUAGGGGCGGGGGAGAAAUUACAGUGGCAAGCAGCAAAGGAGAAAGGUGGAAUUACCUGUCGUUUAACACACAUACCCAAAGGCAGGAUGAAUUCCCAUGAAGAGCAGCCUCAGUCAGAUACAGCUACUGCUGCUGCUACCCCGUCUUCCACCGAUGAUGAUGAUGGGAUGACCUGGUGGUACAAGUGGUUAUGCAGACUGGCUGGCAUCAUUGGGGGCAUCUGUGAGUAUUUCCUUUACUCCUCCCACCCCACAGUUUUUUCCUCCAGUGAUUCCCCUAUCUCCAGAGCAAAGUCCCAAGACCCAAUUUGCCUCCUAAGCUGGGGGCUUUCUUUGCACCGACUGGCUGAUUUUGUGUCUUUGGGGAUUUUUGCUUUAAUUUUCUCUCCUGUAGGGGGCGGGGAAUAGCACUACAAACUUUUUGUACACAUGUUUUUGGGGUGGGUUGUUUUUUUAAAAAAACAACAACAUGUUUUGUCACUCUUCUGUUGUGAGUUGUCAAGAGGACUAAGCUCUUGACUGCCUUCAUUUAAAUAUAGUUAGUAGGUAAAUAAAUACCUACAUCAGUGUGUGUGAUAUGCAAAACAGAUCAAAAGUGCAACAGGGUAGUGCCUAUUUUGCAUUAGCAAAUGUUUGUAUUUCUGCACUGCAUUUUGGUGUUUGACUGAGUUACUCAGAGUCACUUCAUUUUUAAAAAAAUAAUAAUAAUAUCCCACCUUUUCUCAAAUGAGCUCAAGGCUCUCCCCCUCCCCAUUUUAUCCUCGCAACAACCCUGUGAGGUAGGUGAGGCUGGGAGGCAACAACUAGUCCAAGCUCAGCCAGUGGUCUCUCUCAUGUCUCAGUCUACAGUGGUGUCAUGAGGGAAACACCCACCCUGUCUCUGCUUGUGCCUAAAUGCCCCCCACCAUCCUGAUUCAUAAGAACUCCAUGGCUGAAUCAGAUCAAAGGUACAGCCAGCCAGAUGCCACCAGGAAACCAGUAAGAAGGGUACCAUGAUAUUAGCCAUUCCAUGUUCUUCACCUCCAGGAUCUGAUAUUCAGUGGGUACUCUGCUUCCGACCAUGGAGGCUCUACUAUCUUAUCAGGGCCAGUCGAUGUUGACUCAGGCCACAUAUGCACUACACAUUUAAAGCAAUAACAUACCACUUUAAACAACCAUGCCUUCCCACGAAGAAUCUUGGGAACUGUAGUUUGCUAAGGGUGCUGAGAGUUGUUAGAUGACCUCCUAUUCCCUUCACAUAGCUACAGUUCCCCGAGUUCCCUGUGAAGAGGGAUCAGCUAUUAAAUCACACUGGAAUUGUAGCUCUGUGAGGCAGGGGCAUGAGAACUGGGACCUUAUUGGUGGUGACUCCAUGCUUGUGACACACCCUUUCAAGUUAUUUGCAUAUGUCUGCCAUCAGCACAGCUGGACUUUUUAUAUAAAAACCACACGUUUCCAGGGUCGUUUUCCUUGAAUGAUUUAAUAGGGCAGCUAGCCUGAAACUUUUGUUUUAGUUUUGUGUUGUUGCUGGCUUUUUUAUAAUAUUAAGUUUGUUUUCAUUCACUACAAUGGCCCUUUGCUAGCCUGUGGAUUAGUUAAGGGACCUGGUUUGACUGGUUCUUGAUUUGUUUUUGUUUUUAAUCAAAAUAUAAUACUGCAUUUUGUGUUUGGCGUAAGCUGCCUUGCAAGGAUGUUGCUCUAAAAGGUGGCAUGGAAACGUUCAAAUAAAUAAAAGCAGACAGAUAGAAUGAAGCUGUUUUCAAAAAGUGCAUCCUCUCUCAUUCAGGAAUGGAAUGGAGGGCAUGGCUGCCCAGGAAGCAUGGCUGCCCAGCCGACUGGGUAAAGGGGCACUCCGUGCUGUACCAUUUUGUUGCAGAGCCCAUUUGUAUAGUUGAUUUGCUCGUUCUCUGGUAUGUUUGCAUAUCUAUGCAGAGUUUACUUUUGUAGAAGUCAGUGUUUUUAAAAAGUGUUUUGCAAAGGCUGAUUAAGUUGGGGACAGUGCCUGAGACACUUGCUUACGACUUGAAAGAACUUCUCCCUUGUUGCACCCAGCCGUGGAUACCUGUUCCCAGUUGCUUCUCUGUAAUGUGAUUUCUUACUCAUGGUUUAGGGCACACCUGAUAACCAGGUUGAACUUUGCUCCUGCUGUACUUUGCUCCCUAUGUUUAAACUUGUUGAGUAAUCUUUUGUCAGUCUGCUAUUCCUCAGCCCCAGGCCACUCUUUCUGUUCCUUGAAUCCCUCUUCAUGCAACACCCCUCGCCAGCCAAGUGUUGACCCCUCCUUGAGCAGAGGCACCAGGUUGCCCCCAAGAUUGAGGGGGCCCGGCAGAUGUGGCGCAUGACAUCACAGGCAUGAUGCAUGUGCAACUUCAUGUCCUCAGAAGGAGGCUGAGCACUCUGGCGGAGGCUGGGUGCUGAAACUGCGGCACACACAGGGUUCCCUUCAAACAAAUAUCGAGAAGAUUUUUUUCCCCCUUGAACUCUGAUAAUGCUUCCUGCAUGUCUACAUGGAGGUUAGAGAGGGGUGUGUGAGGCUGUAGAAUCUGGCCUACUGUACAAAAAUUCACAUUCAUUGUCCCAGCCGCUAUUCUCCUUGCUUCACGGGCGAGCUGGCUCUGGCUAUAGUAGAAUUUGGCUGGGUUCCACUCUCUGCUUCUCCUACCCACUUGUUAGGGGAAGUUUCACCUGCUAAAAUUCUCAGACCUUUGGCUGCUUUUAAAGGCAGCACUUCCCCCUGCCCCUCCCCACCCACAAAAAAGCAACUAUGCCCUGAACAGUCCGAAAAUAAGCCUUGGAACCACCUGGGAUUUGGUCCUCAUUAAACUUGCAGCAAGGUUCUCUGCAUCCGAUACAGCAUCAGACCCCUUUCGCGGUCGUCAGCAGGUAACUUAAUCCCAGUAUUAUGCGACACUGCUCAUGAAAAAACAAGGGCCAGCAGAGCUGAGUUGACAAGAAAUAAUGGCACAAAGAAAACAGAUGCACACAGAUGCACUCAAUUCUCCCACCCCACCCCCAAAAAACCCUACAAAAAAUAGUUUUAGAAACAUUGUCAGAGUUUGUAGAGAACAAACGUCCAGUUCUCAAAGCUCUCGGAACCCAGUCUGGUUACGUCCAGGAGAAUCACAUCGAAGUUUUUCCUCUGCUAUGAAAGCGGAGCGUGACCUUAGGCAGGUGACUAGCCCUCAGCGUCAGAACCUGUCCUCAGAACGGCCACAAAAUUUUGUCAUCUUCAUCAUGUGAUGUCAUGUUGCAGCUUCAUUUCUCACAGUCCAUGGUUGAACUGUGGAACUCACUCCCACAAGAUGUAGUGAUGACAACCAACCUGGAUGGCUUUAAAAGAAGAUUCAUAGACAAAAUCGUGGAGGACGAGGGUACAGAUCCCAGUGUUCUGCCUCCACUGUUGGAAGCAGUGAAUACCAUUGUUAGUGUGCCUCUUGGAGUGAAGUCAAACUGCUGUGACCUUCUGUGGUGUGCAAGCCUGGGCAGUAUUUGGGGGUCCUGGGUUGCCCAGACUACAAGCCUCUCAGCCUCGCCGAUGUGGUCCAGAAGAAAGCAGAGCAAUAUGUUUGGCACCAGCUUGGCUAUAGGAUUUGCUGGAAGGAGGACUGCGAGGCGCCAACUAUCCAUCUUAGGGACUCCACUCCAAAUUUGUGUAGGAUUUACACCUUGGCCUUCCCAGCCCCCCUGAAGAUGUCCCACAAGGCAGUGGAGGUUUAGGAUCAGAGUUUUCCUUCAGCUAGAUGGGCUACCUUCCUAGGUUGAUGAACUCCAUCUGCCCCUCACUUCCCUCUACAACAUGAAUGCAAAACGCCUUCUUGACUAUUGGACCCAGUAUUGGUCUCAUCCACUCAAUCCACCAGAGCCUGUCUUCACAUGCAGGAGAAGUCCCUGACUCACCAUCAGCUACCUUCACCUGGUUAGCUGGCCAGUUGAAGCUGCUCCUGGGUUGUGGCCACUUUCACAUGCUGGCAACUUCUAGGAGCCACAGGUGAGAGCUGGGGGGCGGGGAGGAGGUGGACAAUCUACCCCAGAAGUAGCAUGUUAUGUCCCCUGCCAGAGGUACUGCCCCUCCCCUAACACCUUAUACACCCCAGUAUAUACCAGUGUAAACAAACCAGUUGCUGGGAAAUGCAAGUAGACAGAGUGUGCUGUUGCACUCAAGAUCUUCUUGGGAGCCUCCAAGAGGAAUCAGGUCAGUCACUGUGAGAACAGAAUGCCUUGACCCACCAGGGCUGAUCUUAACAUUUUCUACCUGCUUUGUCCUUUCAGCAUGUGCCUUUGCUGGCCUCUUUAACUGUGUGACCAUCCACCCUCUCAACAUCGCAGCUGGCGUUUGGAUGAUGUAAGUAAACUUGACUUCCUUUGCGGUGACUAUUUGUUUCGAGUACCGGGGUGCUGCAAGUCAACGGCAACUGAGAUGAAAAAGUCUGUUGCAAAUGCAGAGGCAGGCAAUGAAUGAUUUGUCCUGGUGGGAUGUGUGGCCUUUGCACUGCCCACUUAGCACAGUCUCUGGCCUUCCUGCCAGUUCCAACCCCUCAGGCUGAAUCUACACAGAUAUAAAAAAACACUGUGAAAGUGCUUUUUUAAAAAAAUUAAAAAGUAGUAAAGUAUAUAUGGAAUUUGCCAUUAGCUCACCAGUGCCACCUAGUGUCACAUUUGUUUAAUACACUUAAAACGUUAUACAGUGGUACCUCUGGUUGCGAACGGGAUCCAUUCCAGAGGCCCGUUUGCAACAUGAGCAGAACGCAACCCACAUCUGCGUGUCUGCGCGUGUGCGGGUCGCGAUUCACUGCUUCUGCGCAUGCGUGUGAUGUCAUUUUGCACGUCUGUGCAUGCGCGAGUGGCGAAACCUGGAAGUAACCCUUUCCAGUACUUCCGGGUCGCCACAGGACGCAACCUGAAAACGCUCAACCUGAAGCAAACGUAACAUGAGGUAUGACUGUAUUUGCAGCUGAGUCCCUGUGGCUCCGAAAAUAGAAAACAGUUCAGAGUGGCUUUGGGAGAGGGCCACAGUUUACUGGUAGAGCAAGGCUUAAUCCCUGGCAUCUCCAGGAGAGCCACUGUCAAUCAGUGCAGACAGUUCUGAGCUAGACGGACAUGGGGUCUUACGGAGUACUAGGCAAUUCCAUGUGUCAACUGGCUGUUUGUUCAGAACCACGGGGACUAGAAUCUUACCUUAUUUCUAGGGAAGGAGCCAUAGCUCAGUGCUAGAGCAUCUGCUUUGCAUGCAGAAGGUCCCAGGUCCAAUUCCCAACAUAUCUAGAUGUGGCUGGGAAGUCUCUUGCUCUUAAAUCCCAGAGAGCUGCUGCCAGUUUAUUUUAUGCAAUUUUAAUUGAAAAUAUUCUAAAGCCACUUUCCUGAGUAAAUGCCCCAGGGCAAGCAAGGUGGAAGAUUUAAAAUAACAAUACAGUACAAACUGGAAAGCUUUUAAAACACUACAAAAUUUAAAACACUUAAAACUUGAAGUAAAAUAAAACACAGAAAAUAAUUGAGUCAGACCAAGCUAACAAUCACCGUACCUGGAGGGUCGGCUGCAUUUAAAGGCACACCAACCACACCCACACUUUCUGAAACAACGAGAACUGAAACACAGCCAGAUAUUGAAAUUUGUGCUUCUCUGGAUUUUGCAGUGCAGUUCUCCAGCCAGCUCAUGUGUCCAAAUUUGCAUAGACGAAGUUAAAGUGUGCCUAUCAGUACAUAGAUCAGUGAAAGUAACAUAUAAAAAUGCUUUAUAUAUGGGGAAAUUGCCGUCUUGGCUGUCUCUUAGUGCAGACCCAGGUUACUGAGCCUGAGCUUCCACAACCACUGCCUGCCAUGAACCAUAGCUGUCAACGCUUCCCCUUUUUUUAAGGGAAAUUCCCUUAUUCCGAAUAGGAUUCCUAGAAAGAAAAGGGGAAAGUUGACAGCUAUGCCAUGAACCACCAAUGGCAGGACUGGCAGCAACAGCAGCAGAUAUGUUCUAUGCUUAAGGUAAUAUUUUAUUCUCUUGCUAGUUGUGCUGUUUUAAAUGUGCAUUUUAUAUUUGACAUUAUUAAUGUUUUCUUUUGAAAUGUUUAAGAUAAUUUAUUUGUUAACAUUGCUGCAUUAAAUGUGCAUUCUGUAGUUGGCCUCUUUUGCAAUGUUCUGUUUUGAAAUCUUUAAGAUAAUAUUUUAGUUUCCUGUUAAAUAUCUUUGUUUGAAUGUAUACUUGAAUUUCUUUACUAAUGUUUUAUUCUGGAUUGUUUUAUUUAAUGUUUCAAUGUCGGAUCUAAGCUGCUUUGAGAUUUUUUAAUUAAGAAUAUAAAGCAGUAGAGAAAUGAAUAAUAAUAGGCAAAAAUUCAUAACAAAAUGUGCACAUAGGAAAAAGUCUGGGGGUGGUUUUUCAUGUGGACUUUUUUUUUUUUUUACAAAAGAAAAUAUUGCACAUUUGUAGAAACAUAGAGAACUGAACUUAAAAUCAGAAAAAUGAGAAAUCAAAACUGGCAGAUUUGCCCGUUCCAAUUACAGUGGAUCUCAAAUGCCUUGGCUCCCAAACAAAUCGAUUCCUGAACGAUGGAAACCCAAAAGUGAGUGUUCCGGUUUUCGAACAAUUUUCGGAAGCUGAAAGUCCGGCACAGCUUCUGCAGCUUCUGAUUGGCUGCAGGACACUCCUACAGACAAUCGGAAGCCAUGCUUUGGUUUUCAAACAGUUCUGUGAGUUGAACGGACUUCCGGAACGCAUUCUGUUUGAGAACCAAGGUACGACUGUACUAGAAAAAUAGCCCUCUGGCCCCAGUAAGGUUAUAAAAGCUUAGAACCUAAAGCAGCCCAAGAGUUUCAUUGGCUGUGGUGUCUAGGACUUUUGAGAAAAGGCAAGCAAGAGUUGACAUGGUAGAAGUUCAUAAAAUUAUGCAUGGCAUGAAGAAAGUGGGUAGAAAAAAGUUUAAAUCCCUCUCUUAUAAUGCUAGAACUCAUGGGCAUCCAACAUGGCUGAAAGUCAAAUAAUUUAGGACAGACAAAAGGGUGGUCUUCUUCUCUUAGUGUAGAGAAGAACUUGCUCCCACAGGAGGUAGUGAUGGCCACCAACUUUAAGAUGCCUUUAAGAGAAGAUUAGGUAAAUUCAUGGAGCAGAAGGCUCUCCAUGAUUUCUAAGCUAUGAUGGCUCUACCCUGUCUCCACAGUUCAAAGCAGCAAUGCUUCUGAAUGCUUGAAACCACAGGAGAAGACAGAGCUCUUGUCCUUGGCUUCUGCUUGUGGGUUUCCUAUUGGGGCAACUGGUUGGCCACUGUGAGAACAGGAUGCUGGACUAGAUGGGCCAUUGGCCUGAUCCAGCAAAAAAUUCAUGCGUUCACCGAAUGGGCCCUUUCAUUAUGGAUGGGGUGGGUUCUCUCUGGUUUUGAGUGUGACUUCUUGCCCCAAAGGUUGAAUGCCUUCAUCCUUUUCCUGUGCGAGGCCCCCUUCUGCUGCCAGUUCAUCGAGUUUGCAAACGCUGUGUCAGCAAGGGCAGACAAACUGCGUCCAUGGCAGAAAGGUGCCUUCUACUGCGGGUAAGUGUGUCCUGGGGUUGGGAGUGACUCUGGAUUGCCAGUAUUGUGCCAGAGGGAUUCAAGUGCAUACCAGAGCUCUAAAUUUGCACAGUUAAAGUGCUCUAGCAUAACAAAUCCACAGUAAACACAACAAAGCAUACUCUUUGUGGUUUGGAAGGGGACGAUGACUAGUGAGAAGAAUCACAGAAUCAUAGAAUAGUUACAGGUAGGUGGCUGUGUUGGUCUGCCGUAGUCGAAACAAAAUAAAAAAAUUCCUUUCAGUAGCACCUUAGAGACCAACUAAGUUUGUUAUUGGUAUGAGCUUUCGUGUGCAUGCUCACUUCUUCAGAUACACUGAAACAGGAGUCACCAGACCCUUAUAUAUAGUGAGAGGGUGGGGAGGGGUAUUACUCAGAAGGGUGGUGGGAGUGGGUGAUUGGCUGAUAGGUGUGGUAAACCUGUUGACAACUGUUAACGACUGCAAUUGGUCUUACAGGAAAAAGCAAGGGGUGAGAUGGCUAAAAAUAGCUUUAUCAUGUAUAAUGAGAUAAGAAUCCAAUGUCUCUAUUCAGACCAGGUCUCUCCAUGGUUUUAAUUUUGGUAAUAAGUUGCAAUUCAGCAACUUCUCUUUCCAGUCUUUCUGAAAUCAUAGAAUUGUAGAGUUGAAAGGGACCAUGAGGACCAUCUAGUCCAAACCCCUGCAAUGCAGGGAUCUUUUACCCAACAUGGGGCUCAAACCCAUAACCCUGAAAUUAAAAGUCUCAUGCUCUACCAACUGAGCUAUCCCAGAGUUCAUAUAUAUAUAUAUAUAUAUAUAUAUAUAUAUAUAUAUAUAUAGCAUUUGUACCCUACUCUUCAGCCAAAAAGGUUCCUAGAGCAGCUUGCAAUACAAACAAAACAAGACAGUUCCUACUCACAAGCUUACAAUCUAACAAGAACCCACAUGACACGCAAGGGGGAAAGGACAAGGAGGGUAGAGGAAAACAAAAAACACAGGCACAGAUUUCUAGACAGUUGUUCCUGUAUUGACCAUCUGGUCCUGUAUAGGGUCAGGAGGUGCCCAAUGAAGCUGGGCCUCAAGUAAAGCUGAUGAAAUGAGCCUGGCUUCCUGGGGUGGAAUGGCUGCCCUCAAGUAACAGUUAAGGAAGAAGAGGCCUGGUGGAGGCUGGCCUACUCCCUAGGAAGAGGGGUUGAUAAUUAAACAACUCUGGGAAUUGUAGUUCUGUGAGGGGAAUGGGGGUUUCCUAAAAAUUCUCAGCUAACUACAAUUCUCAGGAUUCUUUUUUUGAGGGGAUACCAUGACUGUUUAAAACUUAUCUAAUUAAGCUUUAAAUGCAUGGUGCAGAUGUGGCCAAAAUCUUUUAAAUCUUUUUUUUAUUAAAAAAAAAGUUCAUGAGUGUUGCCUGGCGUACGCUUCCUAGAAAAGUUGUUAAUGGGCAAUAUCUCAUAUUUGGAGUAGACCUGUUCAGUCAUUUGUCCGGUAACUUUCAGUGAAUCUACUCUGACACUGACCUGUUGGAUAUCACCCAGUAUGUUUAAAAUACAAAUUGUUCUAAACUUUCCCCCCUUGAAUGACUUUAGUUCUUGAAGCUGGGUAUGUUUUCCCUCUCCACAGAUCCCUUUCCAAUAUCUGGUUUGUAUGUACCCUAAAUCUGAUUGUGUGAUUAAAACACAUUGUAAUUCAUGGGCAUGCCUGCCUAACUUGGGUUCAUUCAUUCCAGUAGGUCAUUUCAGUGACCAUUUGGAAGCGAAAAAUCUGAGGUCACAAAAUCCUGUACCAGCAAAUGCUUGGUCCACAUUUGGGUCCUUUUUUUUGCUAGGCAUCCUGCGUUGAAAUGGAUUGCAGCAUGACACUGCCUUAACUUCACAAGUUUCCUCUCUUUUCCCCCAGGAUGGCUAUAUUCCCAGUUAUACUGAGCCUGACUCUGACAACUUUAUUAGGCAAUGCCAUUGCCUUUGCGACGGGAGUGCUCUAUGGACUUUCAGCAUUAGGCAAAAAGUAAGAGAGAAGAGUUUUCCCUCCCUCCCUGUUUCAGCCAGUGGAUUGCUGGUCUGUCUUGGGUGCUGUGCCUGUCAAAACCGCCACUCACUCCAAGCUCCUAUGCUGUCUUUUGCCUUUUGUAGGGGAGACGCCAUCACGUACGCAAGGAUGCAGCAGUUGCAACGGAAGCAAACAAACGAAGAAGGGGUGACAGGAAGUGUUGAACCGCAGGCCGUGUGACAUCGCCAUUCUUUUGAGGCCAGUCAUUCCCAUCUCAUUGAAAAGCAAAGCUUGGGAAUUCACUCCAGCCUUAGAAACUGGCCUUGGAACCCUGUGCUGUGAAACUCUUUCAAAACUUCUAAUUUCAAGGCGGAGAGUGCAGAAUGAAAACAUACCUUCUCCUUUGUCCCCAGAACAUUUUAAAAAAACAAAAACACAUUUAUGCAACACUGUGAAUCUUAUAUGCUGCAGCUUUAAGGGGGCAGGAUUUAAUGUGGGGGUUCUCCCUUCUCCCACCCUGCUCCUUUCUCAGGUUGGUGUGGAACCAUAUAGGGUGAACAAGCCCCAUUUGUCACAUCACUGUGGUGGACUCUUAGUCGCCUGUGUUGCAACAGCCUUUUGAUACAGUUUUAGCAGCUCAAUACGGUACUUCUGAGAUCAUCAGAAGCUACAUUCUGAGCCUUGAUUUUAUUUUGACAUUUGGGGUGAUGGGGAAGCUAUUUUGGGAGCUGGAAAAUGUGGUACCAAAUGAAUUCUAGGACCUCAGUGUUGAAUAUUUGAGCCACCAACCCAGUCUCUGAUUUGGUGUUCUCUCUUAGAGUUACAAACUUUGGAGGCUUGAUGGACCUUGCUGUCUUCCUACUUUAGAGUCUUGUUUUCCCCCCUCUGCAUUGCAGAAAAUUAUUCCCCUGAUGAAUUUUUAGACCUUUUUUUUUUGGUAAUUUUAGAACUGAUGUUUCUUUAGUAAUUUAAGAACUGAGCAAACUGUGUGUUGAUUUGUGAGAUGCAUUUUCUUAAGGAGAUAAAUUACUUGAAAACUCUUAGUUUGUUUGCAUUUGGUAUUUUUCCUUUUAGGAUUCUUCAGCGGGCAAGGGGGAUAGCUUUUCCUGUGGGGGGAAAAGGAUAACUUUUUGGAGUGAUCCUGGCUUCCAAGGAUGGGAAGGGCAGCCAUUGUUGCAUCCCAAAGUCUAGCAAAGGACCCCCUGCUUCCUUGAGAGAACUGUCACUCUCACUUUGCAGCAAAGAUGGCCAGAGGUGACAUGAGAGAACUGGUUUACAAUACCUCAAAGCAUUUCAAGUUAAGGGCCUCAAUAAGCCCCGUCCCCGUCCCCCAUAAAAAACACUUGAGCUGCAAUUAUAGGCAUUUUUUGUACAUGUAAAAAGCACAAAUCUUAGGUUCCAUAAUGCAAUACUGUAAAAUGGUUCAAGCAGUUGGCCAGUUUUGUUUCUGGUCACUGCUUUUUAUAACUGGGAAAAAACUUCCUUGCCCUGAAAUGCUACGCAGUCGCAAUCUUCUUUGCUACUGUUUAACCUGUUUUACUACUUGAUAAUUCCACUUUCCAUAUUUAUACCCUGUAGCUAUAAAUUUAAUUUAUUAUUCCUUUUCCUUGUAAUUUGCUUUGGAAAGCAUAAAAAAUGUAUUAUUAUUAUUAUUAUUAUUAUUAUUAUUAUUAUUAUUAUUUAUUUGGAGUUCCUCGAACUGUUCCGGUGGGGGAUCUGUUCUCUUGGGGUAUAGAACAUGAGACAGGUGCUUUCAUUUGUUGGGAAACAAUUUCUGUCUAGUAGUGUUAGGUCACUGUCUUUUUAGGAAGAGUAAGAUGGGGCUAGUUGGGAACUGAGUAGGGCACAGAAAUAGUGUGAAUAAUUAAUUAAGUCUAUAGAUGUAGUUGAUACAAGGGCAUGUGAGAAUCUUACCUGCCGGAUGCAAUGUUGCGUCCCACCGCUAAGGGUCAGUAUUUUCAAAUGCAUUAUCAACAAGAAGUGAUGGUACUGUAUUAUAGGCUUCCUUUAGGAGGAAAUGCUUUGCUAGAGAUUCCCGUUUCUUGUUGAAAGAUAAGGUUUCAGAGGAAGGGACCUUUGUCAAAAAGCUCACCCCUGUCUCUGAAGAUUGAACAAAGCUGGAUCACUGCCAUUUUGAAAGAGCAUAAAAGAAUAAGGCAGUCUCUUCUCAGGCGUAGUUAAUUUUUGUGAAUAAUUAUUGGAGACUCUGGAUUCUACAUUGUAAGAAUUUCUUUUUCUUUUACUGUACUGUAUAACGGAUAAUAUUUUCUUGUUUCUAGGAUGCAUAUUGCACAGUAUUGUCUGAUUUUUCCCUUCAGGUGUUGUUGUUUUUUAGCAUGCAACAAACAUACUGUACCACUUGUAUUCACCAACACCAUCUUUCAAGCAGAUGGAAAUGCAAUGAUUUAAUUCUAGGAUCCCUUCUCAAAUUUAUUUAUCUUGUAAUUAAUGGCGGAAUGAAAAGCUAUUGUUUGAAAGACCGUUCAUGCACCCUAGUGCAGGGGCACAGAACCCUUGUCAGUCUGAGGGCCACAUUUCCUUUUUGACAACCUUCAACCUUUUGCCACAUACCAGAGGCAAAAGUGGGCCAAACGACAGGUGUAACAUUUGUACAGUAGAUGAGUUUCAGUACACAUUCACACACGCCUUGCUUUCCUCCAUCCUGGCAAGCAAGCAAGAGGCACCUUCAGGGUCCUAGGACACAUUUCAGCCUGGCAAAACCACUUGAGGAUGUGAUGCAGGGCUGCUGAAGGGUGUGGCUUGGGGAGCUUUCUGAAGGCCGGUUAGAGGGCCUGGAGGGCCACAGCUGGCCCCUGAACCUGAGGUUCCCCACCCCUGCUAUUAAGGGGCCUCUUAAGGGCCUCAGCAAGAGCUGUGCUGGAUCAGACCAAAGGCCCAUCUACUUCAGCAUCCUGGUCUUAUAGUGGACAACCAGAUGCCUGUGGAAAGCUCACAUGACAGACCCAAGCACAACAGCACUCUCCUCACUUGUGAUUUCCAGCAACUGGCACAUAGAGGCAAGAUGUAAACCACCUAGAGAGCUGCAGGUAUAGGGUGGUAUAUAAAUUCAAUUAACAACAACAACAACAACAACAACAACAUAGCAGCUGUGGCCAAUAGCCUUAUUACCCUUCACAAAUUUGUCCUAACCCAUUUUAAAGCCAUCUUUGCUUGGUGCCCCUCAUGGAACAGCUCUCUGGAGUAAAAUCCAUAGCUCAACCACGUGCUGUGUGAAGAAAUCCUUAGGCCUGUCUCGUGAAUUAUACGAUGCACUAGUGGAGGGAUAUUGUGUAGAGCAGUGUUUCCCAACCUUGGGCCUCCAGCUGUUUUUGAACUACAAUUCCCAUCAUCCCUGACCACUGGUCUUGCUAACUAGGGAUGAUGGGAGUUGUAGUCCAAAAACAGCUGGAGGCCCAAAGUUGGGAAACACUGGUGUAGAGUAUGUCCCCUAGAUGUUCAUGGACUACAAUUCCCAUCAGCCCCAGCCAACAUGGCCAAUGGCCAGGGAUUAUGGAAGUAAGAUUCUGGAAGGCAACUGGCUGGUCAUCUCUGGCCUACAGGAUAAGCAGCCAUAAGCAGGUGGCCUCCUCCUUUUCAAGGAUGUGAAGCUUUAGGGCCCAUGAUGCAGAUGAAGCAGCCCAGCUUAGGCAGUGGAAUCCCAUGGGUUAGUGCUGGGGUUGUGCGGCUGUGGCUUCCAGGGAGGUUUCGCUAGAAGUCACCAUACAGCUCCAGUAAGUGGGGCUUUGAGGGGACGCUGCUACAAGGGCGCACGUUCCUGUCUCUCCUCAGUUGGCAAAAUGGGAUGGGCCACUUCUGUGAAGAUGAUACCGCUGGCUUGCAUCACUGUUCCACGGGGAAAAGGUUGAUCUGAGUAAACCAGUUUUUAUUCUGUGUAUAAUCCCUUGACAACCACCAGUUUACUGAACCUGCCUG